AUGUGUUCUGCAUCUGACCUUCUUAAUGAUGAAUAUGGAUCUCAGUUUAACCUUGUCCUUCCAAGAGCUAAGAUUCCAAAGUGGCUCAACCAUCAAAGUAUUGGAAACUCCAUAUCAUUCUCAGUCGGUAGGGAAUCUCUAGCAUUUGCUUUUUGUGUUGCUUUAAAAGUAGAACUGGAGGGUAUUGGGGCAAAUCGAUUCGAAACUUUUAUUUGUUCUAUCUACAUUUUCUUCAAUGGUGAUAAAAAUGGUUUCUGUUCAAGUAGAUUUUUUUUAGAUUCAUCAUCUGUUACAUGGUUUCACUAUAGAAGCAAUAGCUCAUUUGACGGCAUAGUUUUAGAGGAUUGCAACAAUGUUAAGCUUCUAUUUGAAGUUUCAGAUUAUGAUCCAAAAUUGGCAAAAAUUACAAUAGAAAGGUGUGGGGCCCAUGUAGCAUGCAUUUGUCCUUCUCGGAAUCCUGCUGUAGAUAAGAUGGCCUGCGUAAGAAUUCAUGAAAGUUUAAGAGUGUCAUUUCAUGAAAACUUUAAAAUGUUUUUAUGUAGAGUUGUUGCUCGAAACCUCGUCAGAUUCUCAAAAACCCAUUGCCCUCUCUGUGAAAUAGCAGAAGAUUCGCUUUUACAUCUAUUUCAAUGUUGUCCCUAUGCCAAAGGAGUGUGGUAUGGUGGUAGAUGGGGUUUUCGAGUCGAAAUGAUCCUAGCUCAAACUGUAAUGGAAUUUGUUGAACAUAUAAUUGACCCUCCAAGUGAGUUACUUGCAGAAAGAAUCACCAAAGAUGAGUUCACGCUAUAUGCAGUAAUGGCAAUGAAAAUCCUUUGGAUGGCACGAGAGGAAGCUUUGGUUUCAAAUACUAAACCCACCAUAAACCAAUUAGUCCAUCGUCUGAACAAACAGUAUGACUUUUACUUGAGACCACUCACCAAAGAGCUAAACAGGGGAAGUGCUUGGACCAAACCAUUUGAUCAAUUGUUAAAGCUUAAUUUUGAUGCAUCAUGUGAUCAAAACAAUGUAGGCUUGGCUGUGGUUCUCAAAGAUCAAGACGGGAAUGGGAGAGUGAUUGGACGUGGCAUAAACAUCAACAGCAAGAUGGGAAUGCCAUUGGCCAAAGAGGAGCGCAAAUUGUGGUAGAGGGUACAAAGAAAACUUCAUUGUAAAUCUAGCUUGCAAGCCAAAUUAUGCUUUGACUUUGGCUUCUUCUUCAUUUGGAAAUCUGGUAAGAUUAAGAACAUUUGAUGCUUUUUCUUAGGAAGUACAUUCUCUCAUUCCUUAUUUACCAAGCCAAAUUCUGUUAGCUUCAUCUCAUGUGCUGUCAGGUGCCUGUUUUGUGAGUGCAGAUAUUUUUAUUUAUGGCUAAGUCCAUUGUGUCACGAGCAGAAGAUUCAUGAACCAGGGUGUGAUCAGCCAUCAAGCACUUUCUAGAAUAUGCCAAAUGUCAGACUAACAACUAGAGGCAGACCUUCUGGAAUUGCCACUACCAAUUGUGACUGCUUCAAUGACAUGCAUGAUCAGACAUCCUGCGUUUAAUCUCCAA